AUGAUAGGUUUAGUUGCACCUACAGAAUAUAUUUUUAGCUGCGGUAAUAGAAGUGAAAAUUGCCAAGAUCAAAAAGCUAUGAUUGAUACAUCUCCGAAUUCAUCGGACGAAGAAAUUGUAUGUGAAAUAGAAGCGAAUCAAUCAUAUAAAAUAUUUUCUCAAUAUGGUUUCUUGCAUUGCAAACAAUUUUCAACAUCAACCAAUCAUUCAACCAUCGUUCUGAGGCCAAAAAGUGAAACUAAAAAUCAAGAGUGGCAAUUUUUAUCGGUCGACAAAGAUGCUAGCGAUCAAGAGAAUUUGUAUGUGAUCACAUGCGUAGCAACGAAUAAAGCAUUGACUGUCGAAGGACAAGCUGGUGGUGGUUCUGGACAAUUGCAUCAAUGGUCACAUGAUACACCAGAUAUACAUCAACAGUUUAGAAUCAAAACAAGAGACGGAAAUUUAUGUGAAAUUGAACAUGCUCAAACAAAUCGAAGUGUCGCCAUUAUUAAUUUGGAUGCACAUUCAAAACAACAAAAUGAAGCCGUUAUUGGUGUUUCACCUAGAUCGAAUAAUCCAAAUCUGUGGAGAUUGAGUAAAACAGAAACGAUCAGAAACAAACACUGGAAUGUGUUCAUGGAUGGAAAAGCAGGUUAUCUAUGUCUGGGCUAUGGUCGACGAAAAUCGUCUAUUCCCUUGACGCUGACGAAAUGUUUGCAAUGGUGUGAAAGUCGACAGAAACGAUUUUGUAUGUGGAAUCAUUUGAGCCAGAAAGCGCAGGAAGAUAAUGGAGACGAUGAUGAUGAAGAAGAUGAUAACUCUUUUAAUAUGACAACUACAACAAUUGUUAGUUCGUGUUGGGCAACAAAUAAGUGUAAUAAUCGAACGCUGAUUGAAAAUGAACAAUAUUCAAUUUAUGAGUUUCAAUAUGACGACGCGGAUACUGACGAAAAAUCCGUACCAAUAAUUAAUGAAUCAAACAAAUCAGUGCCAGCAUUGAAUGCUUACAUCUCUUAUACAAAAUAUCUUCUUUUGCAAGCAAACGAUUUUCAAUUAAAUUCUGAACCAUUGAUGUGUGUUGAUUUAGAUCCAAAUAAAGAUGCUAUUGUUACAUUUGAAAAUUCAUCGGAUGGAAUUCGUUUAUGUGAUAUGUGUCCAAAUUUACCUCCAUUCGAUAAAAUGUUCGGUAUAAUUAUCAAUCAAGUCGAUAAUAUUCCACUUUCGACUAUGUCUAAACUGAAAUUUGAUGAAUGUUUCAUGGAAUGUGUCGAUGAUGAACGAUGCAUUGGCUAUUCAUAUUCAGAGAAACAUAAAAAAUGCUUGACAUUUGAUCGCAUACGUGCAAGCGACGAUCGUCUAGAGAUGGCAAAUCAAGAAGACAAAUGGACAACUGUCUUAGUUAAACAACCGAUAGGUACUAUUCAAGAUUGGGUUUAUAUAAGAAAUACAAGAAUUUCUGGCAAUGAAGAAAAACGACUGACAGAAACUUUCUUACAGUGUUUACAAUUAUGCCAAUCAACAAUAAAUUGUUUAUCAAUAACAUAUGGUUUUCUUUCAAAAUCGUGUGCAUUAUUCGAUCGGAAUGAAAAUAGUGAUGAAAAUAACAACAUGUUUCUCUCCUAUGGAUAUAUUUCAGCGAUCAAUUUUCAACUUAUUUAUGGUAAUAAUACAAAUGAAUGGAGAUUUAUCCCUGAAAGCAGUCUUACUGAUGAUGAUGAUGAUGACGAUGACGACGACGAUGAAGAAGUUAAAAAGGAUGAGCAACAUCCUCGAACAAUGGUAACAACAACAGCAGCAAGAUCAUCAAUGUGCGAAGAAACACCGAAUAAUGCAUCAUCGAAUAUACAGAGUUAUUACAAUCCUAAUUGUUUCACAUCAGGUAAAUGCCACGAGAACAGACAGAACUAG